AUGACCACCUCUUUAUCAGCCAUUCCUCAUGUUAUCAUCAUGUCAGCAGAAUUUGUUAUGGGGAUUACAGUAAAUGGAUUUCUUAUAAUCAUCAGCUGUAACAAAUUGAUCAAAAGCAGAAAGCUAACACCGAUGCAACUCAUUUUAAUAUGUAUAGGGAUGUCUAGAUUUGGUCUUCAGGUGAUGUUAAUGAUACAAAGUUUUUUCUCUGUAUUCUUUCCACUCAUUUAUCUGGCAAAAUUGUAUGGUGCAGUGAUAGUGUUCCUCUGGAUGUUUUUUAGCUCUGCCAGUCUCUGGUUUGCCACCUGCCUUUCUGCAUUUUACUGCCUGAAGUUAAUAAGCUCCACCCAAUCCUGUUUUCUUUUUCUGAAAUUCAGGAUCUCGAAGGUAAUACUUUGGCUGCUUCUGGGAAGCUUGCUGGCCUCGGUGAGCACUGCAGUCCUGUGUAUUGCGGUAGAUUACCCUAAAGUAGCGGAGGAUAUUUUCUUCGGGAAUGCCACGCGUACAACAAUGUCUAAAUUCAAGACCAAGCAAACUAAUGAAGUGCUCCUUGUCAACUUGUCACUCAUAUUUCCUCUAGCUGUAUUUUUGAUGUGCACUUUUAUGUUACUCAUGUCUCUCUGCAAACACACGCAUCGGAUGCAAAAUGGAUCUUGUGGUUUUCAAAGGGCCAGCACAGCAGCCCAUAUAAAUGCCUUGAGAACCGUGCUAACAUUCUUUCUUUUCUUUAUUUCUUAUUUUGCCGCCUUCAUAGGAAACUUGACAUUCAUUGUUCCUCAUGGAACUCAGUGCUACUUUCUGCUGAAGGACAUAAUGGCAGUGUAUCCCUCUGGUCAUUCAGUUAUAAUAAUCUUGAGUAAUUCUAAAUUCCAACAACCAUUCAAGAGACUUCUCUGCCUCAAAAAGAAUCAAUAA